GCUGCUGGGGGAAAGCGCGAGGCCUGCUCGACGGUUGGGCCCGUGCGCCUGUGCCAUGGAGCUGGUGCUGGCGGACGCGCUGCUCUCGCAGUGCCCCGACUCAGCCGCGCUGCUCGGGGCAGUGUGCGGGGGCGGCCCGGACGAGGCGCUCUCCGCGGAGCGAGCGGAGGCGCUGCGCUUCCUUCUGCAGCGGGUGGCGGAGGGCGGCUGGCGCGGAGAAGACGAGGCCCGGCGGCUGGCCUGGGACGCGGCGCUGGGUCGCUGCUUCCCGGCACUGCUCGGGAGCAGCUCUACGCCGGCGGAGGAGCGGGCGCGCCUGGUGAGAGCCGCCUGCGGAGUGGUGCGCUCCUGCGCCUCGCUGUGCGGUUCCUCCGUGGCGGAGCGGCUGGCCCAGGAGGCGUGGGAAUCUCUGGCCGCCGGCCCGGCUGGGCGACUGCAGACCGAGGCCGCUGUCGAGCUCCUGGCUGCGGUGGCGCAGUGGCUGGCCGAGCCGUCGUUGCUGGAGCACGUCGUAGGAGGCGCCCUAGCGCUCUUGCAGCAAGAGGACGAGGACAAAACGCUGCUAGUGGCGGCGAGGCUGCUGCCGGCUCUGGGGCGAAACAGCGCCGCCCUGGGCCGAGUGUGGGAAGGCCUGGUGCUCUCGCCCGAGGGUGUCCUGCCGCCGGUGAGCCGGACUUUGCUGGUAUUGAGCGCCCUCUCCGAAGCCGUGUUCCCCGGGGAAGAGCAGCGGCCGGGGAGCUGCACCGAUGAUGAGGCUCCCCGGCUGCUGGAUGCGCGGCUCUCCGGUGGCUUCUGGGAAAUAGUGCAAAGGGGGCUGACGGAGAGGGAUGCCUUGUGCAGGAAGAGAGCCCAAUACUUGCUGAAGCGAGCGGUGGAGGUGUCAGAGAAGUUGCGGUCAGAGUGCAGGUGCAGCCCCGACCCUGGACCUGGACCUUCUUUAUUUUGGUGGUCUGCUGAGAAAAAUGAUCAACUUAUUCAGUUUUGGGAAAACUAUAUUUUAAUUAUGGAGACUUUGGAAGGAAACCAGAUACAUGUUAUAAAGCCAGUGUUACCAAAGUUAACUAGUUUAUAUGAAUAUGCAGUAUCGGAACAAAAAGAUAGUUGGGUCUUUCACCCAUCAUGGCAUAUGUGUGUUUACAAAAGAAUGUUUGAGGGUGAAAACAAAACUUUGGCUAAGGAAGGAGUCAUUCAUUUUCUUGAAAUGUGGCAGACACAAUGCCUUCCUCCAUCACCAGGAUUUUCAGAGUUUGUUAUUGGACCAUUAAUGGAUGCUCUUUCAGAAAGCUCUUUUUAUUCCAGGUCAUCAGGCCAGGUGAUAGGGAUGUGUCCUACAUUAGGAAUACAGCUACAGAAGUUUUUGGCUGCCUUCUUCACAAAUGUCCCAGAGGAAGAAAAAAGUGGUUUUUUAUUAAAGUUUAUACAGAAGAUGAGCAAUAGGCACUGGUGUUCCAUUCCCAUUUUUUUCCUGUCCAUGGCACUUGCACAUAUUUCAGCAUGUAGAGCACUGGAUGCAGAAGGACUCGUAGCUCUGAGAGAUGUGCUGCAGUGUACUAUGAUCACACAUCAGAUUUUGCUACGAGGAGCUGCUCAGUGCUAUCUUCUCAAAGCAGCAAUGCUCUUGACCAAUGUAUUCUCCCUUUGA